CGUGAACUCACUGCGCCUGCGCACCACUAAAGCUUUCGGAAGCGAAGUAGGGUGUUGUGUCCAGGGGGUCCACAUCAAAAACCGAAAAGUAAAGAGUCAUGUCAGGAUUUCUUGACGGAAUCCGGUGUGGAGACUGUGAGUGCAAUGUGGACUGGGGAGAGAGAAGAAACACCAUUGCGUCUGUAGCUGCUGGAGUUCUGUUCUUCACCGGUUGGUGGAUCAUUAUUGAUGCAGCAGUGAAAUACCCAGAUGAGGCAGAAUUUCACCAUGCCUAUCACACUUGUGGAGUCAUUGCUACGUUGGCUUUUCUGAUGAUAAAUGCUGUAUCAAAUGGCCAAGUGAGAGGAGACAGCUACAGUGAAGGCUGCAUGGGACAGACAGGGGCUCGAGUGUGGCUCUUUAUUGGCUUCAUGCUGGCCUUUGGCUCCCUCAUUGCAUCCAUGUGGAUUCUGUUUGGAGGCUUCGUCGUGCCCCAGAAAACUACCGUGUAUCCUGGUAUUGCCAUUUUCUUCCAAAAUGCUUUCAUUUUCUUUGGGGGCUUGGUCUUCAAGUUUGGACGUACUGAGGAUCUCUGGCAGUAGCAAACUUUGUGUCUGGCCGCUGUAAAAUCUUUUUUUCUAUAUUGUAUAAGAAGGUAUGCUUUAUCAUUUGACUUUAUACGUUGACUUUUUUAGCUUUCAAAGUUAACAUGUUUAAUUUAUAUUAUGCUGUAUAAAGACUAAAUCUAACGUUUAAAGCACAAUUUCUCAUCAUCGAUCCCUGAAAAUAAUAUUUCCAUUUUGUUUGUUUUCCCAAAUGUGACAUGUCUAUUUGCACUCCAAAGUUGUGGAGCUAUCAUGUUACAGCCUGUUGCAGCUCUAAAUUGUGCAUCUUGGGAGACUGACUACCACAAAUUGUGGCUAUGGUCAGUUAUCUAUACUCAUACUGAUUUGAAUUGAAAUGGAAAUGCUGCACCCCCUUGAGUCUAAUUAAGUUGCUGAGGUACAAAUUAUAAUUGAGGGCAAUAUUUCAUAAUAUUGUACACUUAUAUUAACUGAAUUUAACAAAAUUUGGUGACUUUGUUCAUAAUUUUCCUGAAGUAUCAAAACUUUGGGUCUUAAUCACUCACAGAUUUAUUAUUGAAAGUUCAUUAGUUUAUACAGCAGAAUGUAAGGCUGUUAAGGUAGCACUCUGCUGAGUGUGUACUUCUUUUUUCUUUUUUUUUUAUCAAACUGCAGUGCUCAUACAUCUUCAUGUGUAAUCACCAAAUAGGGGUCAAAUUUUGACAACCAUGACAUCAUUAAAGAGAAAAGGUGAAAUUAAAAAAUGGAUCUUUC